AAAGAAGAAAACAGAAAACAGAAUGCUCUUGCGGCCUUCUCUUCCUCGCCCUCUAUCUAUCAGUUAGCCACUGAUCCAUCUUUCUCUCUUUCUUUGAUCAAUGCUCUGGACCUCAUGCUGCUGAAGUACAGUUCAAUCCGAGAAGAAUACAAUGCCGAGAAUGCUUUCUGGGGCAGAGACGUCAUCAUCGUCUCACAAUGGGGGUCUGAAAAACAUAAGCUCAACAAGUAGUAUGGCGGAACUGGAUGGAUUUGAUUUUUCGAGAAAAUGGGAUGGGCCGAGAAACUUGAACAUUGAUAGGCAAAGUUCAUUGGAUGAGAGGUCACUCACCUCUCCAAUAAUCCCUCAUUCUAAUUCUCUACAUGAUGACUUCAGCACGUGUCGCCACAUCGACCACUUUGAAGGCACAUUUUCGCCUAAACACUCGGGCUACUCAAGUCCAAUGUCUCCAUUUUGCGGGUUUGAGACGCAUCCAAUGCUUGCUGAUGCUUGGGAGAAUUUGAGGCGCUCCUUGGUGUAUUUCCGUGGCCAGCCUGUUGGGACUAUUGCUGCUUUAGACAAUUCUGAUGAAAAACUCAACUAUGACCAGGUGUUUGUUAGAGAUUUUGUACCUAGUGCAUUGGCCUUUCUGAUGAACGGGGAAACAGAAGUAGUGAAGAACUUUAUCUUGAAGACGAUUAGACUGCAGUCUUCCGAGAAAACCAUAGACAGGUUUCAACUGGGAGAGGGAGUAAUGCCUGCUAGUUUUAAAGUACUCCAUGAUCCAGUCAGGAAUUCAGAGACACUGGUUGCUGAUUUUGGAGAGAGUGCGAUUGGAAGAGUGGCUCCUGUUGAUUCUGGAUUCUGGUGGAUCAUUUUACUUCGAGCGUAUACCAAAUCUACUGGUGAUGCUUCAUUGGCCGAGUUGCCUGAAUGCCAAAAAGGCAUGCACCUAAUCCUUAGCAUUUGCCUCUCGGAGGGGUUUGACACAUUCCCUACUCUUCUUUGUGCUGAUGGUUGCUGUAUGAUUGAUCGUAGGAUGGGUGUCUAUGGGUACCCCAUUGAAAUCCAGGCGCUCUUCUUCAUGGCUUUGAGAUGUGCAUUGCUUUUACUGAAGCAAGAUGCUGAGGGAAAAGCCUUUGUGGAGAGAAUAGUCAAGCGGUUGCAUGCUUUGAGCUAUCAUAUGAGGAGUUACUUCUGGCUUGACCUGAAGCAACUCAACGAUAUAUACCGAUAUAAAACCGAGGAAUACUCUCACACUGCAGUGAACAAAUUUAACAUCAUGCCAGAUUCACUUCCGGAAUGGAUAUUUGAUUUCAUGCCAAUUAAUGGUGGAUACUUCAUUGGGAACGUUGGACCUUCAAGAAUGGACUUCCGUUGGUUUUGUUUGGGGAAUUGCAUUGCCAUUCUCUCAUCUCUAGCAACUCCAGAACAGUCCGCUAAAGUGAUGGACCUUAUUGAGUCGCGAUGGCAAGAACUCGUGGGAGAAAUGCCUCUCAAGGUUUGCUACCCUGCUCUGGAGGGGCAUGAGUGGCGCAUCAUCACGGGGUGUGAUCCUAAAAACACUAGAUGGAGCUACCACAAUGGCGGGUCAUGGCCAAUGCUGUUAUGGCUACUCACAGCUGCAUGUAUCAAGACUGGGCGUCCCCAGAUCGCAAGGCGUGCCAUUGAACUAAUUGAAACCAGGUUGUCCAAAGAUGCAUGGCCUGAAUAUUAUGAUGGAAAGCUUGGCAGGUUCAUGGGGAAACAGGCGCGUAAAUACCAAACUUGGUCUAUAGCUGGCUACUUGGUCUCAAAGAUGAUGCUUGAAGACCCUUCCCAUAUCGGGAUGAUCGCCAUUGAAGAAGACAAGCAGAUGAAACCGGUUUUGAAGAGAUCUGCCUCAUUUUGAUACAUCACCUACUUGAUUUCAUGCAUAGCUUUGCCACUUAACAUACACAUAUAUAAAGAGGGAUAAGUGCAGGAAGGGUUGAAUGAAAAGUGAGAGGAUCAGCCGUUUUCCAGGCUUUUCCCUUAGCCAGAAGUUAUGAAUAAAGGGUAUCAUACUAUCAUAUCAUAUUGGUAAACCAUGUCUUUUGUUGUUUAAAGUAUACACUGCAAAUUCCUCCUGACUUCCGUUUCCACGUCUUUUCUGACUCCGCUAGUCUAUAAGCUUGUGUAGAAUCAGUUUUUUCUUCUUUCAACUUCUUGAGUAGUCUAAUUUGGAUGAACUUGUUCGAUGGUUUUGGCAACACUUCUGUAAUUUGAUAACCUAUUAUUUUGUUGGCUGUUUUUAUAUGAAAUUGUGUAGAAAUGGUUUUGGACUUAUGGUUUCAAACUGGCCAGUAAUGAAAGGCUACAAAGAUGACCAUCAUGAGGAGAA